GCAAGCGCAGUUGCGUUUGGUGAGGGUACCUGGCAGCACUGUUAACGCCGUAUACAUUAUUAUUAUUAAGAUAAUUUUUUUUUAAUAAUAAAUAAUAAUAAUUAGACUAUUUUAGAGGAAAAAAAUAAAUAUAGAAAUAGACUUGAAAUCAUGGAAGAAUUAUCGCAGCAUUUAAAACAUAUAAAAGUACCUGAAGUGACGGAUAAAGUUUAUAAAGAUGAGUGUGUUUAUUCAUUUGACACUCCAGAGAGUCCUACCGGCUUAUACAUUAGUCUUUCGACAUUUUUCGGCCUUGGUCAGGAUUAUGUCGAGAGGUACUUUCGCCAAACGGGAAAUGCCGUUUUCCUUCAUAUCUUGAAGACGAAAAAGGAGAUUCCAAGCGAAAAUACAGAUGGACCGGAGAAGAAAAUUACUCGACUAGCAAUUGGAACGCCUGGGGGUUUUAAUCCUGAUCAACAAAAAUUUACUUUUGAGGAGAGUUACAAGAUCGUUGUACUGCCAAAUUUUACUUCAGUUCCAUAUCCAAAUGAGGAAUUGCCAAUGUUAGUCCAAAUGUCAGCGAAGGGAGUUUUAGAAGCUGAAUCCGCUCUGAAGAUUGCCGAACAAGAAGCGUUGGCCGGCACUUGGGAUGGAGAAGCUCGAGUUGUUUCAAAACACGCGGAGAAUUUACAGCAAUUAGACAAUGGAAUAAAAAUACCGCCGACCGGUUGGAAGUGUGAAAAAUGCGACCUCACGCAGAAUUUAUGGUUAAAUUUAACAGACGGCAGUAUUUUGUGUGGACGUAAAUUUUUCGACGGCAGUGGCGGUAAUGAUCAUGCAGUUGAACACUAUCGAGUAUCAGGUCAUCCGUUGGCCGUUAAACUUGGAACAAUCACUAAGGAUGGAAAGGGUGAUGUUUAUUCGUAUGACGAGGACGACAUGGUAUUGGAUCCGAAGCUCGUUGAGCAUUUAGCACAUUGGGGCGUUAAUAUAACGCAAAUGAAGAAGACGGAAAAAUCAAUGAUUGAACUUGAAUUGGAUCUUAAUCAGAAAUUUGGCGAUUGGGUAACUCUGCAGGAAUCUUCGGCAAAAGUUUAUGGUCCCGGUUAUACGGGUCUUGUUAAUCUUGGGAAUUCGUGUUAUCUCAAUAGUGUCAUGCAAACAAUGUUUCUUGUUCCUGAUUUUAUUGAACGAUUCGUAAAUAAAGCGGAAGAGAUUUUCGAUCAAAGUGUCAACAAUCCACCAAAUGAUUUUAACGCCCAAAUGGCAAAAUUGGGAGUUGGUUUACUCUCGGGGAAAUAUUCUCAGCCACCAAAAACGGAGGGUGAUGAGAGUAAUCAAGGAAUAUCACCGCGAAUGUUUAAGCAUUUAGUGGGACGUGGACAUCAAGACUUUUCGUCGAAUAGACAACAAGAUGCUCAAGAAUUUUUCCUCCAUUUGAUUAAUCUCUUAGAACAAAAUAGUCGCCAUGUACAAAAUGUAGCAGAUUGUUUCAAAUUCAAAGUGGAGGAGCGAUACCAAUGUAAUAGUUCGAAAAAAGUUCAGUAUACGACCCGACCGGAAUACCUUUUGCCUUUACCGAUAGCUUUAGAUUGUGCAAUAAACAAGGAUCAAGUUGACGCAUAUCUUGCUAAAAAAGACGAGGCGGAGAAAAAUAACCAAAAAGUAGAUUUUCACGAUAUUGUAAGACCGAGAAUAAAAUUGUCCUCCUGUUUGGAAACAUUUGCAAGAACUGAAAUUAUUGAACAAUUUUACAGUACGGCAUUAAAGGAAAAAACAACAGCUGUGAAAACAACGAAACUAGCAACAUUUCCCGACUAUUUAUUGAUUCACUUGAAAAAAUUCACUGCCAAGGAAGACUGGACGCCAAUAAAAUUAGAUGUGGAAGUUGAAAUGCCAGAUUUAUUGGAUUUAAAUUGGUUGGAGGGAAAGGGAUUGCAGCCAAAUGAGGAAUCAUUGCCCGAAGUGACUGAACUGGAACAUCCACAACCACAGUACGAUCCGGCAAUUAUGAAUCAAUUAACGGAAAUUGGCUUUCCGAUAGAGGCAUGCAAGAGGGCAGUUUUCUUCACGGAAAACGGCAGUUUCGAAGAUGUCACCAAUUGGCUAAUGACGCACAUUGCCGAUGAUAAUUUUGCCGAACCAUUCGUCCCGCCUGGUAUAAUGAAAAAAAAUCAAAACUGUUUUGUGCCAAAUGAAGAGGGAUUAGCGACCGUAAUGAGCAUGGGUUUCACCAAAGAACAAGCGACGAAAGCUUUAAAAGCAACAAACAAUAAUGUGGAACGUGCUGUCGAUUGGAUAUUCAGUCAUGUUUCUGAAUUGGACGAAACGCCAAUGGAAGAGGACACAAAUUCAAAAGACGGAAACUUUAGGAAUGGAAGUGGACGUUAUAAACUAGUUGGUUUUAUUUCCCACAUGGGAACUUCUUCUAUGGUUGGUCAUUACGUUUGCCAUUUAUUAAAAGAUAAUGGUUGGAUUAUCUUUAAUGACGAAAAAGUCGCUGUGUCUGAAAAUCCACCGAAAGAUUUAGGAUACAUUUACAUGUACCAACGACUCGAUUAACUAUAGAAUUUUCUACGUUGCCAGUUUUUUCUUUUGUAUAAAUAAUUAUUAUAUUUACAAUUUAACAAUAAAAAAACGACAAUUCAGUAA